GUACCGCAGUUACUCUGUACAUUACGGUAAACAAUAUGGCUGCGCUGUCAACCUGAUGUUCAUUCUCUUUUGAUAGUUGCUUUUCAAGUUUAUUUUCAGAGGAGACAAACUCAAAAGUCAGCCCUUCACUAAAGUAAAAUGAAAGCGGCAAAUGUUUCAUGUUUUGUUUUCAAAUUCAUUCGCAUACACAGGCGUGAAUUAUGCCGAGCAAGGACAGCAGGUCAACAGUCCAGCACUACCCAGUUUCAACAGGACUGCUCGCCCGGUCACCACUUGCCAUUUAAUAGAUGUAUCGGCCACAUACUCCACAGGAGAUAUUCAACGGAGUCAUCGGUCAAAGACUGCCGGGGAUUGUUAUAUAGGAACCAUGGAGACCCGUCGCAAGUUGUACAAUUGGAGCCCAUGGAACUGCCCCCUGUGGGCGCCAAGAGUGUGCUGGUGAAAAUCCUGGCUGCUCCAAUCAACCCAUCAGACAUAAACAUGAUCCAAGGCACCUAUGCUAUCCUACCUGACCUGCCUGCAGUGGGUGGCAACGAGGGUGUGGGCCAGGUGACAGAGGUGGGCAGCCAGGUGACAACACUCAAAGUAGGCGACUGGGUGAUACCACGAGACGCUGGCCUUGGCACAUGGCGGUCAGCUGCAGUGUUGAAAGAAGACGACCUGAUCACAUUGCCCAGUGACAUUCCUCUGCUGUCUGCAGCUACACUAGGUGUGAACCCCUGCACUGCUGUCAGGAUGCUCUCAGACUUUGAAGCCUUAAAGCCAGGAGACACUGUGAUCCAGAAUGCAGCCAACAGUGGUGUAGGCCAGGCCGUCAUUCAGAUAGCCGCCGCCAGAGGACUACACACCAUCAAUGUGGUCAGAGACAGACCAGACCUUCAGCAGCUCACAGACAGACUGAGGGCCAUGGGGGCCACUCACGUCAUCAAAGAAGAGACACUCAGACGCCCGGAGAUGAAGGACAUUUUUAAGACGUGUCCUCGACCGAGACUGGCUCUUAAUGGCGUUGGGGGGAAGAGCGCCACAGAGUUACUACGGCAACUUCAGCACGGAGGCACCAUGGUGACGUAUGGGGGAAUGGCGAAGCAACCAAUCACUGUGCCUGUGAGUGCACUGAUCUUUAAGGAUGUGAAAAUACAAGGGUUCUGGGUCACGCGGUGGAAAAAGAACCACAUCCAUGACGAGGGGGCCAUGCGCACAAUGCUGGACGAGCUGUGUUCCCUGAUCCGUGCAGGAAAACUGUCAGCCCCCGCCUGCGCAGAACACAGCCUGCAGGACUUCCAAAAAGCUCUGGACGCUGCCAUGCAGCCAUACUCCUCUGCCAAGCAGGUUGUGGUCAUGUGAUUAAUAUCCGCUGGACAGCUGACCACUUGUUUCUUUGUGACCUAAUAAGUCAUGCAAUGCACUCAGCAUCACUCUUUGUGUGUGUUUAUCAAGCAGACGUGUAAUAAAUAGGUAUCUUGCAUAAAAGCUCAAAGUCCAGCUUGCUAUCAGUGUACGUUUUGUCAUCUUUACGAAAUAGUCAUUGGUUGUUAAUAAACCCCACUAACAUGC